AGUUCUCUGUUCCAAUUAUUCAUGUAUUAUUAUUAUUGUUCAGUAAUAAUUCUUAAUAAGCACUCAUCAUUCAUUCAUUCUCAGCUGAGCUAAUUCACAUCAUAAUAGUACGAACUGAGACUGCUUUCAUUUUGCAUUUAGAAUAAUCCCAUAUUCCAUGCAUAAACAGAGGCCAAAGUUACAAAACAUUCUCUUGACCUUUUCAUCAUUUCCCCAUAAACACCAAUUCCACCUUUUUCUUUUGCAAAGCCUUAAUCAUAUUACUACUCUAUUUGCCUCCCAUUAGUCAUCUCAUUUCCCUUUGAUAUAAUCACAGAUUUAAAAAAGAAGAAAAGGCGGAUUAUUGCCUCUUUCCUUUUUCCUUUUCUUCUCAAUCUCCCCGUUGGCAAUUUUGAUUAAUUUCUUGACUCACCAACAGGGGAGAUAAUCAGAGGAUCUUUAGCAGGUUGGAGAUUCUUCCGGGAGUGUUCUUUAUUCUACAUCUGAAGUGGGAUUGAAUAAAAAGGUACCAAAAAGUCAGACGAGGUUUUUCAGCAUUUUUUUUACUGGGCCGCUGUUGGAUUAGGAGAAUGGGAAAACCAACCGGGAAGAAGAAAGGUCCUGUGGGCUUAAAUCGCAGUGAUUCAAAUGCUGCUAAGGUUGGCAAAGCUCCAGAUCGUACCUCUAAAGCAUUUGAUGAAGACACAGCUGUCUUCAUUAAUAUGUCCCAAGAAUUGAAGGAAGAAGGGAACAAACUUUUUCAGAAACGUGACCAUGAGGGAGCUAUGUUGAAGUAUGAAAAAGCUCUCAAAUUGCUCCCCAGAAACCAUAUUGACGUUGCUUACUUGCGCAGCAACAUGGCUGCCUGCUAUAUGCAAAUGGGGCUUGGUGAGUACCCCAGAGCGAUAAAUGAAUGCAAUCUUGCACUUGAAGUUGCUCCUAAAUAUAGUAAAGCUUUGCUGAAGAGGGCUAGGUGUUAUGAGGCUUUGAACAGGCUUGAUUUGGCCUUAAGGGAUGUUAACAAUGUUUUGAGUAUGGAACCUAAUAAUCUAACUGCUUUAGAAAUUGCUGAGAAGGUGAAGAAGGCAGUUGAGGUAAAGGGGGUCGAGGAUAAAGAAAUUGUUCUGCCCCCUGAAUAUGUUGAGCCUCCCCUUCCAUCCAUAUCGAGCAAGAGUACGAAAGAGAAGUUGAAAAAGAAGAAAAGUAAUAGAUUUGAGAAGAGGAAGGUUUCGGAAGUUGAGCAAAAGAGAGAUGAGGAACCUGCAGAUAAGAAGGCUGAGGAUAAGGUUGUUGUGGAGGAGAAGCUUAGCGUUAAGGAAGAAAAAGUGGCCACCAAGACUGUGAAAUUGAUUCUCGGAGAGGAUAUAAGAUGGGCCCAGUUACCAGUUAAUUGCAAUAUUAGACUGGUGAGGGAUGUUGUUUUGGAUCGCUUUCCAAGUCUGCAUGCUGUGCUUAUCAAGUAUAAGGACCAAGAGGGUGACUUGGUUACAAUCACCACGACUGAGGAGCUGAGGUUGGCCGAGACAUCAGGCGAUCUUCAGGGCUUUUUGAGACUAUAUGUUUCAGAAGUUAGUCCUGAGAAAGAACCAUUUUAUGGGAGCAAUGAAGUUGAAGAUUUUAACAGCACCAGCAAAUUGUCUACUGUUGCGGAGAAUGGGAAUUUGGAGAAAGGCUUGGAACUGGACAAAGGUCAAACCUGUGUUGAGGACUGGAUUAUCCAGUUUGCACGCAUAUUCAAGAAUCAUGUUGGGUUUGAGUGUGACUCAUACUUGGAUCUUCAUGAGAUAGGGAUGAAGUUAUACUCAGAAGCUAUGGAGGAUACGAUCACAAGUCAAGAUGCACAACAGCUUUUUGAAAUUGCUGCACUGAAGUUCCAAGAGAUGGCUGCUUUAGCCAUGUUUAAUUGGGGAAAUGUUCACAUGUCAAGGGCAAGGAAGCGAGUGUUUUUCAAAGAAGAGGGUGGUUCUAAGGAAUCUGCAAUGGCAGACAUCAAAUCCGCUUAUGAAUGGGCACAAAGGGAAUAUGUUAAGGCGGGAAUGAGGUAUGAAGAAGCUCUUAGAAUCAAGCCAGACUUCUAUGAAGGUCUUCUUGCUCUUGGCCAACAGCGAUUUGAACAUGCAAAACUCUCAUGGUAUUAUGCUAUUGGAAGCAAGGCCGAUUUAGAGAUGGGAGCCUCUCCACAAGUUUUGGAGCUGUACAACAAGGCUGAGGAUAGCAUGGAAAGAGGCGUGCAGAUGUGGGAAGAGAUGGAGGAGGAGCGACUAAAUGGCCUCUCGAAAUCAGAUAAGCAUAAAACUGAGCUGCAAAAAUUGGGAUUAGAUGGGUUAUUUAAAGACGCAUCCCCUGAAGAAGCUGCAGAGCAGGCUGCAAAUAUGAGAUCUCAGAUACACCUUCUCUGGGGGACGUUGCUGUACGAACGCUCGGUUGUGGAAUUUAAGCUGAGUUUACCGACUUGGGAAGAAUGCUUGGAGGUUGCAAUUGAAAAGUUUGAACUUGCUGGAGCAUCUCCUACAGACAUAGCAGUAAUGGUGAAGAACCAUUGUUCCAAUGAGACUGCUCUGGAAGGCUUUGAAGUUGAUGAGAUAGUACAGGCAUGGAAUGAGAUGUAUGAUGCUAAUAGGUGGCAGUCUGGUGUCUCAACAUUCCGGCUAGAACCUCUUUUCCGUCGUCGGGCUCCAAAACUUCAUUCUAUGCUACAGACUUUUUAAGGUUUCAUGUUCGUGAUUGGCGAUUUUGCAUAAUACUAUUAUUUCUUCAUUGUCCAAUGGCUUGCAUACUACGAAGAUUCCUGUUUGAGAUUUUGGCUUUUCUUGGUGUCACGGAGGCAGGCAAAGGAGUGUUGGACAUGUGUCUGAGAGUAGUAGAGCUGGUGUCUAAUGAGAGUGGAGAGCUAUCUUCUGAGUGUCCUGGUCCUUUACCAAUUGAAACUGAUCUUAGGCAUCUUCAGUUUUUCCUGUCCCAACUUUUCUGGACAAUAGGGCUAUGUUGCUGGAUUCUUGACGACUUGCUUUUUGAUUUGCUUCUGGAAGCCAACACAAAAAAAAAAAAAAAAGAAAAAAAGUUCACCAUUGAGUGAUGAUUUUGCAAACUAGGUAGCUUUCACGGGAUACAAAAAAAUUUCUUCAAUCUUUCACAAAAAUUUUUUUCCCCCUUGAGCGAAAUUUGGGGAGUAGUCUCGGUUUCUUAAAAGGUCAGUUGUAGACAAAUAUGUCUCGAGUGUAUACUUGCUUAUAUUCAUCAUGUUGUAAAAGUCUUGCGGGGAUAGCCUGCAGUAGUGUGAUCUUGUUUGUUUUAUUUUGAUACAUACCACAGCUCAUUCUAGCUUUUUUGCUAAAAGAGACGAGAAUAUUUAUUAUUGUGUUGCUUCUCCUCAGCGGAAAUGGUUGGAAUACGAAUAUUAUUAUUA